CAGGCCUACUGUGAAUUAGAAAAUACAAUUAAGAAAAAAAGCUUUUAUGUUCGAUUUUAUUUAGUGUAACUUUUGGUAUUUACUAAUUUAGUGUUUUUAUAGUUACAUACACUACAGUCGGUGUUAUUUCAUUUGUUUUGUAACUUAUAAGUACCUUAUUAACAUAAAACUUAUUUUAUUCUUUGUUGACAAGCUUUUUGCUGGAGUAGUUCAAGCCAUAGGCAUAAAGUUGACAAAUUAGACCUGAGUCUGAGGAACGUCAGGAAGGCUUCACUCCAGUAAGAGGUGAAAACUUAAGGAAGCUUCCUUUGAGACAAAGAAUUCUGUGAGAGCAGUUUUGAUGCCAUCAAUAUUUAUGAAGAUUUUGUCGCUGAGAAAGUGCUCCAUAGAUCUGAAUAAAUGUUACAGGGAGCCACCAUGUGGACAUCAUCAAUGGAUAGUGUUGCUGAGUGGGCUUAUGGAGGUGUAGACCACGGAUUACAAGGGAAUGGGGGUCCUGAGUGUGCAGCCUUUUUAACACUUAAGCAUCGAUUCUUUGAAACUGGACUUGCAUGUUUAUUUGGUCUACUAUAUCUGUACUGGGGAUAUAAAAGAAUUCAUGUCCCACCUGUGCCAAAAGUUAUAAGAGAAGAUCGGGGAGGAAAGAGAGCUCUUCUUGUCUUAAUGUGUUUGGUGUUUGGGAUGGAGAUUGGUUAUAAAUUUUCAUCUAAAACUGUCAUAUACAUACUGAAUCCCUGCCACAUUAUUACCAUGAUCCAGAUUUUUCUGCUUGCUGCUCCACCAACACACCGGUUGGUUACGGUAUUGUUUAGGAUACAUUUGCAUUGUUUACAUGGAGCGUUAUUGGCCAUUUUACUCCCUGUGUUAAACACGAGAUUGUUGCCAAUGGAGACAGAAGUGUACUUUCUUCAGCAUGGUUUGAUGUUAAUUAUUCCUUUCUACCUUAUGAGGACAGGAAUGGGAGGUGUGUACACAGUAGAAUCCCUGAGUGACUUCAGCUGGGCUUUUCUAACUUGUGGUUUGUUAUUUUUUUACCACUUUUUACUUCUUCAGGUUUUAGGAUUGGUGACUCAGGUGAACUUGAAUAACAUGCUCUGUCCAGCUGUGUCUGAUCCAUUUUAUGGACAAAACUACAGACUAUGGGCCAUUGGUCAUCAGACAUUGCUCAUACUGAGUAUUGGAAAGCUUUAUACUGCUGUUAGUCUUUUUGUGCUGGAAGCUAUGGGAACAGUGGUGUGGACAGGGGAGAAGUAUGUUGCUAUGGCUACACAGCGAGUUCAACAACUGUGCAACUUGUGUCGAGUUCAAGGCCAGAAUGGGCAGUAUUCAGGAUGGAAAAGAAAUAUUGGGGAUGAACAUCAGGACUGACAAUUGUAUGUGUAGAGAAGAAUAGUUGUUAUUUCAGAUUAAAUAACUGUUUAAACUAUUUACUUAAUUUUUUUCAGUGGAGGAUAUGUUACCCACUUUUUAGAAAUGAUAAAUAACCAAGACUUUUAUAUAGAAGAAUAUGGGUAAAAUCUUUUAAUGGUAGAAAGAGUACAUUUCUUUUUAUAAGUUUAUUGUGAAUGUUUUUCUGUGAUUAUGGGCAUGCCAUAAUCUCUACUAUACGGCAGACAUACGAUUAGCUGUAUUUUAUGGUCUUAUAAAGUUGGAGAUGCUUAUUUUGUUUUUCAUAUAAUUAUAUAGUAAUUUUUGUUAUACAAGUUUGUUCAGCCACAAAUUGACCAAUACUUCAUUAGUCUUACGAAUAAACAGUAUCCAGGUUUUCAUAGUUUUAUAAGUAAUGCUAACUCUUGGAAGUCUUAAUCCUGCUUAAACUUUCUUAACACUGAAUUUUUAUUGUUAGUAGAGGGAAAGUAAGGUUAAUUAUGUAUAUAAUGAAGGUUGCAAAGGGCCUUUCCAGUUGUUACUGAUUACAAAGUAAAAAAGCAAAGUAAUUUAACUGCUGUGACUUUCAGUUUAUUUCAGGGCAAUGGUAAUUUGUAGAGGUGAUUUUUUAUAGUAUUUAGUGAAGGAGUUUUGUCAUGAUUUUUACAAGUUUAAGAAGUUAAUUUUUUUAAUACAUAAUAGAUAAUUAGGGAUUUUUUUAAUGGUUAGAAGUAGGGUAGAUAACCUCACUUUGCUAGUAACAUUAAAGGUUUUAAGGGUUGAAUAUACAACUUUUGAACAGCAUUUUUGAUACAAUAGUAAAUUUCCACUAUCACAUUUCACAGCAUUUUAUGUCAUACCACUAAUAUCUCUUGUGUUCCACAGAGUCGUUUGACAUAGUAUUGCUAUUUCACAAUCCCAUUGCACAGUAUCUUGUGACUUAAUACUACUAUCUCUACUCUGUUGUACAAUGUCUUGCAUAUAAUAUAUUGCUCUUCAUUUCACAAUCCCAUUGCAGUAUUCAGUAACAUAACUCUGUUAUAUCUAUUCUCUUGCACAGUGCCCUAGACAUAAUAGUGCUGUUUCAUAAUCCCUUUGUACAGUAUGCUGUAACAUACUGAUGCUAUCUAAGCUUUCAAAAUAUUCCAUACAAAACAUACAAAAACAAAGGUUGCCCAGAAAGAAGCUGGACCUAAAAAAAACUAAGCAUAGUACAUGUGACACAGUAAUAUAAUUGUUCUUAAAAGUUUUAGUAUAGCACUUGUAACUAAUGAGCUUUAUAGCAAUGUGAAUAUAAGUCUUUGAGUUCAGUUUGGUAUUAGUUGACAGUCUCAGGGGUUGCAUUGAUAGGCAUUGAACUUUCAUGUUGAGACCCAUUACUUUGCAGGAGGUACAAGAAAGUUCCUUUAUUUAUGUUACCAGUAGCCUUCUGGCUCUAUUUUCAUAUUAAUUCCCAAUAUUUUUCUUUUCCUGGCUCUACAAUAUGGUGCUUUGUUUUCCAGCAGUUUCAUUCCUUCUGAAUGUCAAUGAAGAUCUUCUGUGAUUAAUGUUUUCAUCUUGCUUGUGCAAAGUAGGUUGAUAUCCUGCCAUUAGAGGUGUGGUGGGUUUUUAUUGUGAGCUUGUCAGUUUCCUCAUUUAGCUUUGCAUACAUCUAGCAUAUACAUCCUGAUGAUAGUAUUACCAUGCAGUUGCUUUGCUUUCUGCUAUCCAUCUUGGGACUAGCCACUCUGAAUUUUACAAAAUACUGCUAAUAGGUAAGUCAUAGAUAUUAUAUUGGUUGCACUGUCUAUUUGUGAUUCAGUGCUUUCAGCAUCAGUGGAGAGCUGCUUUAUGGUUUCUGCUCCACUUUUUUGAUGCUUGUGGGAAAUGUGAAUGCUCCAUCAGUCAAAUGCAGAAUGGUGUUACUUCACAAGAUGAUGAAUGCCCAGCCAGCUCUGUCUACAAUAAUGAGUGAUUAUUCACCAUAGUUUUUAAAUAGGUGCUGAAAGGCUUUUCCUGCUUAAAUCUUUUCCCAAUCUCUACAUUUCCUGUUUAGGUUAAUUUCCAAAGAUCUGGAGGUGAUAAAUUAUCUCAGUGGUUGCUAUAUAGCACUUGUCCAUCAACUUAAGCAUGGUAAACUCAACUUUUAGAAGAAUGUCAAUCGAAACAUGUUAUUUUGAACAAAAUGGUGCCAAUUUGAUGUUUUUAGCUUCAAAUCAAAUGUAGUUUUAUUUAAUUUAGCCCAUUACUGUUUAUGAACAUUAAUUGUCAUGGUGUGAUGUAAUUACCUAUAUCUCAGGUGGCAUGUUUUUUCUAUAUCUAAAUUUUAAGAAGUCCUAGGCUAGUGAUCGAGACACGUAAGAAAAGCUUUUUUUUCUGUUCUCUCAAACUGCAUAACCCAGUUUGGCUUCUAGUUCACUGGAGACUCACUUAGAGAUUAAAACAAAGUGAUAAAUGCUUAUCUUGUUGAUAUGUUGCUAGAAAGAAUAUUUGUGAACAAUUUCUGCCACAAUUACAGUCUUUAUUUAUUUUUUUUCAUCCUUCAUAUGAUAUUUGAUAUUUCAUUUUAUUUAUGUUGUGACAGUAUGAUAGGUAGAGAAAUGUUUUCCAUUGAACGAGAUAAGGUAGGUUUAUAUAGUUAGAUCAUUUUGCACCCAACUAGAUCAAGUUUCAUUUCAUGGGGAAAAGCCUGUUUUGUUAGUCUUUGUUUACAUCAUGUGUUAUUGGCCUAAGUGAUUGCUUGAAUGUGCAAAAAUAUCCUCAAAAAGAACUGUAAAAAAUAUACAAUUGAGUAUGAAAUGGGUUUAAAACUUAUUACAUAUAGCUAAUGACUAACAAUUAAAACAAAAUUAUUAGUUAUUUUUAUUAUAUGCUAGUGAUCAGUUAUAACUGUGUGCAGUGUAUUUUGAGUCACAAGAAAGAUAAUAUUUACAAUUUCAUUAAAUAAAAGAUAUUGGAAAGUUCUACAAGAUUGUAGGAAGACUUAAAAAUCAGUAGUGGAAAGCAACAAUGAUGGUAGGCAUUGUUAAUUGUUUUUUUUAAAUAGUGAUAUCUUUGCAUUUUCAAACCUACAAAUACAUACAAAUAUCACAUAUAAAAAUAAAUAUUUUAAGAGGAUAGGUAACCUGUAGAGAGUUUGUCA